AUGACCCUCACCAACUCAGCCAACCUCGUCGUUGUUAUCACAGGCUGCGACACUGGAUUCGGAUCAGAGAUCGUUCAGGAGCUCUACCAGCGUGGCGGUUACACUGUCUACGCAACCUGCCUGACCGACAAGGCUGUCGAGACUUACAAGGCCAAGCAGUCAUCCCGCAUCAGAGCCGUCCAGGUCGAUGUCACCAACCAGAGCGACGUCAACCGCCUCCGUGCCCAGAUCGAGGCCGAGUGCCCCCAGGGUGUCUACUGUGUCCUCAACAACGCCGGUAUCUAUGCUGGUGGAUUCUUUGACUUCGCGUCUGAGGACAGCUUCCAGAAAAUCAUGGAUGUGAACUAUAUGGGAAUCAUCCGCAUCACCAAGGCAAUGCUCCCCAGUUUGCGUAUCUAUGCUAAAUCCCGACACAGCCCCCAGGGCAAGCGCCUCCCCCGCGCCCGUCUCCUCAGCAUCACCUCCAUCGCCGGUCGCGCCAACCCCCCCGCCCACGGCGGCUACAACGCCUCCAAGCACGCCGCCGAGUCAAUCCUUGACACCCUCCGUGUCGAGUUGUCGCCCUGGGAGAUUGACGUCUCCAUGCUCGAGCCUUUCUAUGCCAAGACUCCUCUCGUGGCCUCGGCCCACACUGUCCUCGAACGCGUCUGGAAGGAGUCGAGUGUUGAAACCCAGAAGAUGUAUGGCCCCGACUUCAUUCAGGGUGUCCGUAACCACUCUAAACAGCUUUAUGAUCAAUCUAUGCCAUCCAAGUGGGUUGUGGAUGCGGCUGUUAAUGCGAUCAGGAAACAGAACGGCGCGGCCAAGGCGAGGUACUUGAUUGGAUUCUGGUGGGUUGGUACGAUGAUCCGGCUCCAGGAGACCCUCCCUUCCUGGAUUAUUGACUUUUUUAUAAAGCGUAUUAUGAAGAGCGUUGGCGCUUGGCCCUCGGAUCCUUUCCUCAUCAAGGAUUCCCAGCGCAAGUAG